AUGUGCAACUGCUUGAACGUCAACAGACCUGACUUCGUUGCAGCCGUCCACAUUUUCAAGGCUUUCGGAGGCGUAAUUUGUAGCGACAAGCCGCGGAACAUCAACGGUUGUAUCAUGAGCUAUACCACCACUGAUGCCGACUGUGCAAGACUCCUUUUCAAGACUGAGGACGGUGAGGAGGUCCCAGAUACUACUUUAAAGGCGAAUUGCGAGCACUACACUGACUUGUCUUCUAAUUUGGAUGGUCAAGGACAGAGGCUCAGAGGUACAUAUGCUAGGAGAAUUGGUUGA